UUCAUGCAAAUCUUGUAUAUCAAGAAUAUAUUGCUGAUAGGCAUCAUAUACACAUGAACGGUACAAUUUGGGAUACUUUAACUGAUUUUGUAAAACAUUUGGGGAGAGAAGGUACUUGUGUCGUUGAUGAGACACCGAAAGGGUGGUUUAUUAGUUGGGUUGACAACAGUCCUAAGGCUUUGGCUAGACAGGAGGCAAUUCUGAAAAAAGAACGAGCAGAAAAGGAUGAGGAAGAAAGAUCUCGCAGAUUAAUAGAGGAGCAAAUAGAGAGAGCUCAGAAGGAAGCUGAUAAUCCAGGACUAGAUGAUGAAAAGUUUACGGAGCUCAAACGAAGCAAUGAAGAAGAUAAGAUAAAACUCAACAUUUCAUUAGUAAAAUCAGAAUCUUCCGUUUCGUCUUCUACCGUUAAACCCGAUUCAUCUACCACAACUACACCUUCUACUAAUGGUUCCACUCACACUAGCAUCUCAUUUAAUAAACCUACUUCCCAAAAAAUGUCACUUAGUGCGUUAGCUAAAAAAUCCGGUUCUUUGAAUAUUAUUAUAGAUGAGAUGGCGAGAAAGAAAAGAAUGGAAGCUAUGAAUGAAAAUGGAAACAAGAGGAAGGAUGAUCAGAGAGAUCAGAGAGAUAAAGAAAAAUAUAAGGAAGAUCAGAGAGAAAGAGAAAAAUAUAAGGAAGAUCAGAAAGAAAGAGAAAAAUACAAGGAAGAUCAGAGAGAAAGAGAAAAAUAUAAGGAAGAUCAGAAAGAAAGAGAAAAAUAUAAGGAAGAUCAGAGAGAAAGAGAAAAAUAUAAGGAAGAUCAGAGAGACAGAGAAAAAUAUAAGGAAGAUCAGAGAGAUAGAGAAAAAUAUAAGGAAAGAAGAAGGGAGAGGAGUAGAUCAUAUGAUCGAGAGUCAAAAAGAGUACGCAGAUAUUAA